UUUGCCUCAGCCUAUCGUUUUUCAAUCGCUGGUUUUCAAUUUUGUUAUCACAUCACACAUGUAUGAGUGUAUGCGGUAUAUAUAUAUUCUCCGUUCCUCUCAUCUCAUUCAUCAAAACACGAACUUUAGUGCAAUCAAUAUAUAUUCAAGUCUUCAAAUUGUGUACUGAAAGAUCAAAGAAAGAAAGAAGAUGAGUUCAACGAGCAGAGCUUGGAUGGUGGCAGCGAGCAUGGCAGCCGUAGAGGCGUUGAAAGAUCAGGGAUUCUGUAGGUGGAACUACACCAUAAGAUCCAUACACCAGCACGCCAAGACCAAUCUUCGGUCAUUCUCUCAGGCCAAGAAGCUUUCUUCGUCGUCAUCGGCGGUGGUUUCGAGCAGAGUGAGAGACGACAAGGCAAAGCAGUCGGAAGAGUCUCUCAGAAAAGUCAUGUACUUGAGCUGUUGGGGUCCCAAUUGAUGAAAGAAAAAAAAAGAAAUCACACUUAUGAAAUGUAAAUACACAAAAAAAAAAAAAAAAAAUGUAAUUUUGAUCCAUCAGAUAACUCCUAUUUUGAGAAUUGGUGUUUCAAUUAAGGUUGAUUCUUGCUUGGUUUGUUGAAUUUUGAAUUGUGUAUUUAUUGUU